AGCCGAGAUUACGGUCGAUGUCACUUCAACUUAUACCACGCGAGAGUGAGGCUACACCUCUGUUCUUUCAUCUUGACAGCCAACUAUCCUCUGUAGCCCUCCGUUCACCAUGUCGAUCGACCAAAACCUCUUUGAUCAGUUGACUGGAAUGGGCAUUGAGCCACCACUGGCUCGGGCUGCAGCAACGCGUUACAGCUCGGUGGAACCGGCCAUUGAAUGGUGCUUUGGUGCAGGUCUCGAUUGGAAACCUGAGGAUGAGCAGUUACCAGACUAUGGUUCGAACGUAUCCAACACGUCGCCAUCCAAACCUGUCGGUGUCGCCGCAAGAUCAAUGCCUUUCCAGUCCAACAAUCCGUUUCGUUCAACCCCACCGCCAGACUCAAUUCCAGAAAUCACCGAUGACGAUGUAGAGCUUCAGAAAGCCAUCACUAUGUCUCAGGAAGCACCUGAAGAAGACGAUCGAGCAGUCAGGGAGCGAAGCGUGCGAGCCAGCGGUGUGCCCCCGCCUAGUCCUGAGCCAGAGGAAAGAAUCGAGAAUGUAGGAUCGGUUUUUGGACCCAGUUACAAGGAGGACAAGGAGGGAAAGAUGGCUCUGGUCCCAGCAUCACAGGCCCAGAACCUUCCACCCAAUGAAGAUGACGAUUUUCACCGUGCUGUCGCAGACUCAUUGAUGACUGCCAGCUUUCAUUCUGCCUCAGCUCAACGCGAUAUGGAGAAACCAAUCCCUCAGAUAAGAACGAACGGAGCUCCACUCGUGUUGUACUCUCAGUCGGGCAAUUCGACCUAUGCUGCAAAUCUAUUCCAAGGUCUCUUCGCUAUACCUCAACUACGAGAGGCGAUCAUGACCAAGCUCAAUGAAGAGCUUGAUCCGCACACUUACAUGAAAUUCGCCCUAAUGCAGGAGCUAUCUAUGAGGAUGGUCACCGAAGAAAGAAGCUUCAUCGAGAUCGAUGAGGCUCUGAAAGAGAUCAGAGGGGCGGAGCCAUCUCAGCUUCCUCCGAGUGAUCCUGCAAUUGAACUCCUUAUCGAGGUGUCCCGCAUCGUCGGCACAGCUUUAGAGGCUUCAAAGUCACAAUCUGCUUUGUGUGCUAGGCCAGCUCUAUUGUUCAAUUCUUUGCUUGACGGUGACAUUCCCUCUGCAUCCGCGCACGUCAAUUUUCGUCGUUCCACCGAUGUCGGCCUCGACAUUUACUCGGCCCUCGCCUCGAUACUAUGGAAGCCGGAUCAGUCUAGCCAGACGAUUCUUGAGCUAAGCGAUAUAUUGACUGUCAAAUUGGACUGGGGUUAUGGUGCGCCUCGAGAACUCUGGCAUCUGCAGGAUAAAAUCAUUCUCGAUCGUUUCUUGAAGGAGAAUAGCGCCCGGACAGCCCAGAUUCGAGCUCAGCAAGGGGUGGUUCAAGGUCAAAUCAGGCGACUUAAGGAAAAGAUUGAUCGCUUGACCGUGUACAAUGACCAAAACUACCACGAUAGUAUCGCCCGCCUCGUCAAGCACCUUGAGACGUCCCCUGUACCCAAAGAUGAUAUAGCUGCACUGUCUCGUGAAGAGCUCACGGCGAAGCUAUCACUGACCCUCGAUGUUUUGAAACGAAAGACUGCCAAUAUGCAGGCUGAACUCGACGUUCUGUCUGCCCAAGCAGGCUCUGCGGUCUUUGAAACGGACGAUCCUGCUUUCAAUCGACACAUGUACAAACUUCGCGCCAUCCUCAUGCAUGACGGAGCACUUGUGGCGGGCAGUCAUUUGUACACCUACGUGAGAUAUGGAGAUGACAUUUGGUGGAAGAUCAGAGAUCACGAAGCCACUCGAGUCGAAUGGGACGACAUCGCCUCUGAUCGGACCGGUCUGUUCAUGGACGGCGGGCCAUACAUACUUCUAUACUCUCGGGACGGACCGCGACCAGCACCUCCGGAACAGGAUCUUAUCUCCUUUGACUCAGAGUCCGACGAGGCUGUCAAUCAACAAUCAAGCUCCCGGACAAGUCGGACCGAAGCUUCCGACGAGGAGGCGCUUCCGAGAUCGGAGACGGAUGCGACUACCGCGACCACGAACGCAGGGCCCGUCGUCGAUCAGGGGGAUGGCGACGUGAACAUGGCGUAAAUCAGCGUCAAUUUCCCACUCUGGGUAUGGUUGUAUUGUACAUGUGUAGUAGGCGCAAGCGAACUUUCGGAGGAGUCGCCGACGGGAUAUUUUGGCUCCGUCGGGAUCUUUGUUACAGAGUGGGGAGAAGACCAUUGGGAGCUCAUCUUGUAUGCAGUGUAUAGUGCUAUUAGUGUG